UAAGUCUGUGUAACAGCUUCUACACAGGCAAUGCGGUUAUAAAACUGUUCAAUUGUGCAUAUUUAAGCUACAAAGUCAUCGGUUGUCGAAGAGUGAUUUUCUUUCAAAAUCAGUGGUUAUCGGGGGCUCAAGUACUGUGCUCUGAGUUCCAGAAGGCACCGAGGGGACAACAUCACAGUCACAGGCGUCUCCGUGACACACAUUUUUUUGACCUGAUUGCCAACCUCAAGACUGAAGUUGGACAGCAGUAAUUAUGCACCGAAUCCGACCAGGUCUGUAUCUUGGCUGUCGUGCAGACGCUUAUGAUGUACAGGCCUUGCGGGCAGCUAAAAUAACCCACAUUUUGACGAUCGAAUUGGAACCACUGGAAAUUCACUCAAAUAAUUUCACUUAUAACUUUAUACAAGUGGCCGAUCUUCCCGAUAAAGAUUUACUCAGUCAUUUUCCAGAGUGUAUAGCGUUUAUUGAGGAUGGAAUUCGAAAGGGCGGCGUAAUGGUUCACUGUUUUAUGGGAAUCUCCCGAAGUACCACGGUCGUCUUAGCUUAUUUAAUGCGCAAGGACAAAAAAACUCUGGACAGUGCUUUCUUGCAUGUCAAACAAAUUAAACAAGAAGUUAGUCCUAACCAUGGGUUCAUGGAGCAACUACGUCUCUUUGAAGCAAUGGGAUGUCCUAAGAACUUUGAAGAUCAUAUACUGUACAAGCAGUAUAAACUUGAAAGGGUAGCCCGUGCUGUCUUUGACAGGAGUGGUUACGAUGAUCCAGUGUCUAGUUGUAUAGCCAAGGAUCCUCAGUUAUAUGAUGAAGAUGAACCUCAAACUGUCUAUAAAUGCAGAAUGUGUAGAAGAUCCAUCUUCAAGGCCACCAGUAUACUCAAACACAAAAUCGGUAAAGGGGCAAGAACAUUCAAAGCUAAAUCUGGAAAACUGACAUACAGUGACCAGGUUGUGUGUACAUCAAUAUUUAUAGAACCAGUGGCUUGGAUGGAACAAGUGUUAGCUGGUGUGAUUGGAGGAAAGCUUCUCUGUCCUAAGUGUAAUGCUAGGUUGGGUUCAUUUAAUUGGGCAGGUGAUCAGUGUUCCUGUGGGACGUGGGUAACGCCGGCAUUUAAAAUCCACUGCAGUAAAGUGGAUGAAUCAAAAACAAGUUUGCCAACUACAACAGCAGCAGUAAAGGGACAACCAGGAGGAGCGACUGCAUCAUGAGUUGCCAUGG